UUAUUGUCUAUUAAAAGACUUUCUUUGAGUUGAGCAAGUUGAGUUGUUUAAGAUGGAAAUGAAUAUCAUAGAUUCAGUAAAUCCGAAUCCUAAUCAGGCUGAAAAUCUUAAUCAGGCUGAAAAUCUGAAUCCGGCUGAAAAUUUGAAUCCGGCUGAAACUCUGAGUCUGGCUGGAGCUUCGGAGGAGGCUCCAAAUCCAAAUCCGGAGCCAGCUCCUAUCCCGACACCAAAUCCGGAUGGAGAUUCGGGUCCAAAUGCGGCCCCAAAUCCAUCCGAAUUGCCGGAGUCAACCGGGGCCCCCGCCUCGGUGGGCACACAAACUGAAGAAUUGAAGUUGAGUUCGCUGGAAACUGUGCCGGUGCCACGCAAAAUCGCUCGCCCCAGGAGCGUUUUUCAGAAGCCCCAGCACAACCUGGACAUUGCAUCCGAGGUGUGCGUCGAGUCGGACAGGUGCGACAAAAGGAACAAGGCCUGUCAGACCAUCAAGACCGGGGUCAAACGCUCGGCCGCUGACAGUCAAAUGGAUAAUCUGCGUGCCGUUAUGCACCAGCGCCGCAAGUUGGCCAUCGACAAGGAUCGCCAGCAUCUCGCCAACCUGAUGGAGAUCAUCAAUGCCGAUCCGCCGCCGCCGUGGCACGAUGCCUCGCUAAUGUGGCUCGAGGUGGACAAGCUGGAGAAUCGCAUCGAGGAGUUCGACAAGUCCCAGGAGUCUGGCUAGCUGGGGCUGGCUGAAUGCAGUUUCCCUCCGAUGUGCCUUAAUUAUUAAUUAAUGUAUUCAUGCCAUCAAUAGCGCAUACAUAGCUCCACA